AUGAAUCUCUUUUCCGCUCUCGGAGCUCUGCCUAAAAUCCAGACCCGAAAAGCCCUCAUUUUGCUCGACUUCCAGAACGACUUCGUCCGGGACACGGGAGCUCUCUACGUCCCCAACACACAGGAUUUUCUUGACUCACUUUCUCAGCUCACUAAUGUCUUUCGUCGCACUGGGGAUGUUGUUUGGGUUCGCUCGUAUUAUGAGUCACGUAGACAGCUGAUCGGCCCAGAUGGCCAAAGCCUUGUGGUUUUAAAUCGCACGGAGGAAGAUACUAGAAGCAAGCAAUUACCACAUGAUGAGCCCGAGGGGCCUAUUCAUGAGGAAGCCUUUCUUUCAACUGAGUCACCACGCUGUUGCCUUCCGCACUCGGCUGGCGUCCAGUUCCCCGCUCCCGUUCUUGCCGCAAUAAAUGCCGGCUCAGAUACGUUGAUCGAGAAAUCCGAGUAUUCUGCCUUGCAAUCCUCGGGUUUAGUCUUGUCCUUGCGCACGCGGUUUGUCACCGAACUGUAUCUCUGUGGCUCCCUCUCCAAUACUUCUGUGCACGCUACCGUGCUCGACGCUGUCCGUCACGGUUUCUCCGUCACCUUGAUCGAAGAUUGUCUUGGAUAUCGUAACUUUUCCCGUCACGAAGAAGCCAUGCGAUGCAUGGCAGAUAUUUACGGAGCGAAUGGUAUUACCUCUCAGGAGCUUCUGGAAGAACUGGAUUGGCAGGAAACCGAUUGCAUUGCCCGGAAGGGUGAGCCCCGGCCCGCACGGCCGAUAGCUCCCGCUGGCAUCGAGGGGGUUAUGGAAGAACUUGAAGUCAAACCGGAUCUUAGAGCGAGUCCUGAGCGAGAUAGCCCUAAGGUUUCUUCAGCAGGUGCGAGACGCCGUAGAAUUGCCGACCUUUUGGCUGAACUGCCUGACGACGAAGGACACCUCCUGGAGCUCACAAAUUUGACCCGUACACGAAAUAUGUCGCGAUACGCACCACCGCCUGGCGAUGCGCAAACGUCCGAAUUAGGAGACAAACUGGUUCGCACAAAGGUACGCCGCACGAAACGACCCGAUACCAGGGGCGAGCCAUCUUCAUCCCGAGGGGAGCAUCGCCGAAGCAGGAAACCGAAACAAGCACAGGAUAUUUGCCGACCGGGCGACGUCAUUGGGGAAGGCGACUCUCGGAUUGUCUACGAUUUAGACCUGCCAGAGAAUGCAUUUGAGCGGAUCCGUGACGAAGUGGCCUGGCAAAAGAUGUACCACAUGUCUGGCCAAGUGCCGCGUCUAGUUGCUGUCCAGGGGAAACCUUCCCCUGAUGGUUCAAUCCCAAUAUAUCGCCACCCUGCGGAUGAAUCCCCCCCACUGCAGCCUUUCACACAGACAGUGGAUCAGGUGCGCCUGAUCGUGGAACGUAUUCUUGACCACCCCCUGAAUCAUGUUCUGGUCCAGCUUUAUCGUGAUGGACAGGAUCGAAUAUCCGACCACUCCGACAAGACACUUGAUAUCGUCCGUGGCUCAUCGAUUUGUAACGUCAGCCUCGGAGCUCAGCGUGUUAUGAUCCUCCGUGCCAAAGGCUCCGAAAAUGAAGAGGGAUCUGGUAGGGUCACUCAGCGCGUGCCCAUGCCGCACGAAUCGCUUUUUGUCCUGGGAGAGAAGACCAAUACUCGUUGGCUUCAUGGCAUAAAGUCGGAUAAGCGCCAGGGCUCAGAGAAGUCGGUAGAAGAGCGCGCAUAUGAUGGCCAAAGAAUUUCACUUACCUUUCGACACAUUGGUACCUUCCUGGACCCAGCUGGCGAUACUAUUUGGGGCCAGGGCGCUGUGUCAAAACUCCAAGAGAAAGCUAAUCCUGUGAUCCAUGGGAAUCCCGAAGCAACAGAACGACUUAUUCGUGCGUUUGGAGAAGAGAAUCGUGCCAUUGAAUUUGACUGGAAUGCCGUUUAUGGUGGUGGCUUUGACGUGGUCAACUUCGUUACCCCCAGUACCGCAAAGCUGGCUUUGGGCCAGGACGAGAUGGCUAAUCUACGCGUUCAGCUCUGUUUGAGUGAGAAUGGCAUUAGAUACGAUCUUACACCCCUUGGUGCUGUGCACUCUAAGAUAGAAGGGAAUGCAUUCCCACUGUAUAUUGACUCUGACGGGACUGAGGUUGCUGGUGAUAUUAAGAUCAUGACUUAUCUGGCGAAGCGAGCUCCAGAGACGGUGCGGCCUGGUCUAGAUGUGCUUCAGGGGGGCGAUCGGCUCUCUGACAUCGAUGACCUGCUGGCCAAAUGGCGUGAACGCCAGAAAAGCCACGGAGAAAUUUCGGAUGAAUUAGGCCCUUGGGAAGAAGAUCUUCACGGGCAGCAUUAUCUGGGAGGAACUAUGUUUGGAAUUGACGAUUGUUCCUUAUGGCCGGUCCUGAGGGAAAUUGUUCUGGAUAAUGGGCCUUUUUCGGAGAAGGAUUAUCCCAACUUAUCCCAGUACUACAACCGUGUUGCUAAGCGCGGCAUGGUCAAAGCUGUCCUUGAGGAAAUGAAGUGA